AUGGCCUCGACCGUGUCCCCUGCAGCUGUUUUGCGUACCCUGCAGGCAAAUCGAGGGCUUCGCCGGGCGCAAACUGCUCGUCGUUUUUUCUCAACUCCGCCCCGAGGAGUUGUUUCUCUUUCAGAGCCUUCGCUGCGGACGCUGCAGCACGCAUCUUCUGCUUCGCACCACAAUCUCACGUCGCCGGGACCCCCAAAACCCCACAGACGACACUCUUCGUGGUGUGCCUGUCAUGGUGGCGACGGCAAGAAGAAGGCCUACAUCGCCCUAGGAAGCAACUUGGGCGACCGAGUGGCCGAGAUAGAAAAGGCAUGCAACGAAAUGGAUCGUCGAGGCAUCCGAGUAACGCGCACAAGUAGCCUGUGGGAGACGGAGCCCAUGUAUGUUUUGGAUCAGGAUCCUUUCCUAAACGGAGCUUGUGAAGUGGAAACAGAUCUUGAACCGCUGGCCCUUUUGGACCAGCUUCAGUCAAUAGAAAAUGAUUUGGGCCGUCGGAAGCUCAUCGACAAAGGCCCUCGAAACAUUGACUUGGAUAUCCUGUUGUACGGCGAUGAAACCGUAAGCCAUGAACGGCUCCAUGUGCCUCAUGCCGCUAUUCCAGAGCGCGAGUUUGUUCUGAGACCGUUGUCGGAACUGGUACCAUCAAAACCUCUUGACGCGUCGAAACCAUGGAAACUGGUCCAGGACUAUUUAAACGAACUUCCGACUGGGAAGCCUCUCUCAUCCGUUGCCCCGCUUCGCGGUACAUCUCAAAGUCUCAUGCCCCUUGUUCGCAAUAGGAAGACUCAAGUCAUGGCCAUAUUGAACAUGACUCCAGACUCGUUCUCCGAUGGGGGCAACAACGACUUGAGCAAUCUCCGUGACACAGUAUUGCGUCACAUCCACGGUGGCGCCACCAUUAUUGAUGUAGGGGGCCAGUCAACGGCUCCAGGUCGACUUGAAGUCUCGGCGGAGGAAGAAGCAUCUCGCGUCAUUCCCGCAAUCGAACUCAUACGAUCUAUCCCGGAAGCAAGCAAUAUUGCCAUUAGCGUGGACACAUAUCGAGCUUCUGUAGCCGAAAGAGCCGUGGCUAGCGGUGCCGACAUCAUCAAUGAUGUUUCAGCCGGACUGCUCGACCCCGACAUGCUCUCGACCGUGGCACGUCUUGGGACCACAAUCUGUCUGAUGCAUAUGCGUGGCACCCCCCAAAACAUGAUGGAACUUACCAAUUACGAGGGCGGGUUGAUCCCCACGGUCGCAUCGGAGCUCCUCCAGCGCAUCUCGGCAGCUGAAAAGGCCGGCGUUCGGCGUUGGCGUAUCAUUCUGGAUCCUGGCAUUGGGUUUGCAAAGACGGCUAAUCAGAACCUGGAGCUGCUGAGACGCCUGGAUGAACUGAGGGCCUGGCCCGGUCUUGGGGGUCUGCCGUGGCUCGUUGGCUCGAGCCGCAAGAGCUUUAUCGGCAAGGUAACCAGGGCGGAGGAGCUGUCGGACAGAAUCUGGGGCACAGCAGCCACGAUGGCCGCGGCAGUGCAAGGGGGAGCAGAUAUAGUUCGUGUGCAUGACGUCUCAGAAAUGGCCAAGGUGACGGCCAUGGCGGAUGCGAUUUGGAGACCCUCGUGA